AAAAAGGACACGAAGAAAACGUUUUCAAACCGAAACACUAAUGCACGAAAAACUGAAACAAGCAGUUGAGCUGUUCCUCAGACAGCUCCAGUGGCAUAGACAUCAUUGUUUUCGUCGUCGUCUUCCUCGGAACGCCGGCAAGGCAAAGAGAAAAUGGCGAACAGCAGCAAAGGCAGCAGCCAUGAGGUGACUUUCGCCCCUGGGUUAUUUUACUCGUCGGCAGGGAGACCCCGUUCAAGACAUGUGCGCCUUGAAGAUCCCGAUAUUAUGUUCGCGGCAUUGGGAAACGGCGACCUGUCGGAGGUGGAGGACGACGACGAUGAGGUUGACGAAGAGCCUUCUCUCGCAGAUAUGGGUGACGCUUCAGACAAUGAAUCGGCAACCUCCACCGAUGAAGAAUGUGACAAAGUUUCCACGGAGAAAAUGUCGUGGAGAAGGAGGGCAUCGUCAAAACCGGAGACUGAGUUUCACACCGCUGGGGAUGAAAAUGAGAAUGACCUCGAUUCGCUCCCCACGCCCUAUGACUAUUUUUCUCAGUACGUCCCAAAAAGUGUGUUCGUUGAGCUUGCCGACAAGACGAACAUGUAUUCUAUUUUUCAAGAGGGAAAAUCAGUUCAAACAAACGAGGAAGAAAUAAGGAAACUAAUUUCUUUGCAUUUGGCUAUGGGUGUCAUGCGGUACCCACGGCUGCGCUUGUACUGGAAGCCGUCGCUGAAAACGGAGCUUUUGUCAAGUGUAAACAUGUCACGAAACCGCUUCGAAAAGCUGCGUAACUGCCUGCAUAUAGUUGACGUGAAUGGACCCCACGACAGCAACGACCGUUUGUGGAAAGUGAGACCACUCUUGAACUCAUUUCUCCGAAGGUGUCAAGCGCUCCGUCUGGAGGAGCACCGCUCUUUAGAUGAGCAAAUCAUACCAUUCAAGGGAAAGCUUGACAUCAAGCAGUAUAUCAAAGGCAAACCAAACCCCUGGGGUGUGAAGGUGUUUAUGCUGUGUGGUGCCUUUGGAAUUAUCCAUGAUUUUCUUGUUUACCAAGGGUCUACAACUGAGCUGAACCCGGAAAACAAGAAAGGCUUUGGAGUCACCGGAGCCUUCGUCCUUCACCUCGCCCGAAGUAUACCUGAUGGCAUUGGGCACAAACUGUUCUUUGAUAAUUAUUUUACUUCCUUGCCAGUAUUGCGCGUGCUUCUUGAAAGGAAGAUAUAUGCGGCUGGAACAGUCCGUUCAAACCGGACAGAGAAGUGUCCACUGAAGUCGGAAAAGCAACUGAAACAGGAGGGAAGAGGUUCUUCCGACAGCAUGGUUAGCGGUGAUGGAAAACUAAUCCUCAAAAGAUGGAUGGACAACCGGGCGGUAACAAUGGCAUCGAACUUCCUCGGCAUCGAUGGCGAAGACGAAGUGUCAAGAUGGAGCAAGGCGGAUGGCACCUUCAUAAAUGUGAAGCGUCCCGCUGUUGUCCGGGAGUACAACCGGAGCAUGGGGGGUGUGGAUAAAACAGAUUUUCUGAUAAGUCUGUACCGAACAUCUAUUCGAUCAAGGAAAUGGACCCUGAAAGCAAUAACUCAUUUCAUGAACCUUGCUGUGACGAAUUCAUGGCUGGAAUACAGGCGUCAAGCUGAGAUUCAAAGAGUAAGCAAAACGGACCAAAUGGAUUUGCUGGAAUUCACUUUGAGCAUAGUUACAUGUCUCGCAAAAGCUGCAACUGCCGACCAGCCACGCAAACGCGGCCGGCCAUCUUCCUCUCCCCUGCAGCCUCUGAAAAGGCAAAACUGGACCGCCCAGCGACCAGCUUCUGACGUCCGGUACGACCAAAUCGGUCAUUGGCCCCGGGUAACAGCCGAGCAACAGCGAUGCAAGCUUGAGGGAUGCAAAGGAAAGUCUAAAAACAUGUGUGAGAAGUGCAAUGUACACCUGUGCAUUACCAGCACGAAAAACUGUUUCAAAGCUUUUCACUUAGUCUAAGCUCUGUAUGCGAUUGUUCUGCGCUUUUUCAUGUACAGUGUUACUUUUGCACCCUUCAGAUGUGUACAGAAAUAAGAAAAUAAAUUAUAAUCCCAAA